AUGCAAGAUGUCCUUGCCAUUGUGAUUAACGUGGCCCAUCAACAUAUGCUUCAAAUGGAAAUCGAAUUCAAGAAUUUAUCAUCAUGGAUAGUCAGUAAGUACACACCUCUUGCUAUUUCUGUUAUUGUCCUGCUUCACGUCCCGACUUGUUCAUCUUCAUCUCUGCCGCCUCCUCCACCACAGCCAGCUCCUCUUUUUGCUGCUGCUGGUGGUGAUUUCAUUUUUCAAGGAAAAGCUUUAGCUGUCUUUGACCCAGAAAUUGAAAAAACUUUACACAAGCAGAAAAAGCUGGCAGAAAAUGAGUAUGCCCUUGCUUUAGUUGACAACACUAAAGUCGAGAACAGGGCAAUUGAAAGAAUUGUUAAGAUGGCACAACCAAACCAAGUUUCAGUGUAUGAUUUCGCUAGACCCAGUCAGGCGAAUGCUGCUAAGGCUAUUGUCCAGCCUGAUAUCAAUGGAAACUUUGAGCUGAAAGAAGAAACAGUGCGCUCUGUUCUAAAUACAGUGUGUGUUUUUUUCCCCAGAAAAUUUGGUGUAGUAGCGGCUCAGGGGUCAUUGAAGUCUAGAUCAAGUUUGAUGUUACCUUUUAAGCCUUCAAGAAAUAUUCACAUGGAAAACAAAGUUAACAGCACUUCAAGAGGUGCCUUAAUUAUUUUAGAAGGGCUUGACCGCUAUGGGAAGACAUCACAAUCUAGCAGACUAUACAAGUACCUCGAUGAGCAAGGACAUUCAGUUGAAUCAUGGAGAUUCCCCGAUAGAGAUACAGGUGUUGGGAAAAUGAUUUCUUCUUAUCUUGCUAACAAGGCGCAGUUGGAUGACCAUGCAAUCCAUCUUCUCUUCAGCGCAAAUCGUUGGGAUAAGAGGCACAGAUUGAAAGAGAAACUAAGAGGAACGAGUCUCAUUAUUGACCGCUAUUCUUAUUCUGGAGUAGCAUUCUCAUCUGCCAAGGGACUUGAUAUUGAAUGUUGUAAGGCUUCAGAGGUGGGGUUGUUAGAUCCAGAUCUGGUUGUAUACCUUGACAUAUCACCUGAGAAAGCUGCCGAGAGAGGAGGUUAUGGAGGUGAGAGAUAUGAGCAGCUUGAGUUUCAAAAGAAGGUUUCCAAGUCUUAUUUGGCUCUUCAUGGAAGGUAGCUUUCCUUCGCUCUUUUUAUAGUUGACCAACAAAUAAUGGU